AUGAGUGACCUCAUCAAAAAAUCGAAGACUACAAAUGCAGCAGCGCUAGCUGCAGUGGACAGUCUAAACGCAAGUGAUUCAGUUAAAAAUAUACUGCGGAAAAUAGUAUCCGUAGUGAAUGAUUACAAGCUGAGCAGUGAUGAACAAAAUGAACAAAUUGAUGGGAUUUUGGAUGGACUGAGCGAACAGGAGCAGGAAGAAGUGGACUCGUCAAUUGAAAUGCUGAAGCUUUGUGAACUGCUGUGCAUCAAUGAAUCUUGA